AUGCCAGGUACCAUGUACCCCGGCACCGUGAUGCAGGGAGCCCCCGGCACUGACUACUUCACCAUGAUGGACACCAACAAUGAUGGAGUUGUGUCCCGCGACGAGUUCGCCGCGGCCAUGAGGUCGGGUGGCGUGCAGCCGGUUGGAGAUGCGCCGAUGGAGCCGGUCCAGGGCGGCAUGGGCGGAAUGGGCCAGACCAACUGCCCUGCCUGCGGCAACGUCUACAUGGACGACUCUCUCUUCUGCCGCAAGUGCGGCCGCAAGCGCGACGCCUGA